AUGCUCAGGCUCUUCUUUCUGAUUGGACUCCUUCUACUGAGAACGGCGAGUGGAGUUGAGAGAAUAGGAUGCUUACCAACAGAAUUCCGUUGCAGUUCUGGACAGUGCGUUGAUGGAGGACGCUACUGUGACGGUAAUCCAGAUUGUUUUGACAGUAGUGACGAGCCCGAAAGAUGUACGAAUUGCAAUCGCACUUACUACGGCCUUUAUGAUGUCAAGUAUCCCCUGAGGCUAAGUGAACAUCGAUCUCCUACAUGCAGCCUCAACUUCGUAGCAGCGGGUGGAAGAUAUGGGGAACGAAUUGAAAUCACGUUUCUUUCUUUUCAAAUUGGAAUCUUUCAGUUGGACAGCUCUACGUGUCUGAGAGGAUACUUGGAAGUAGAAGACAACGGUCAUACGUCUAUUACAAAACGCUCUUCUCGUUCUCGACGGCGAUCCAAAAAGAAAGGAAAUCCUAGAAGAAAAGGACCACCCUUGCGGUCGCCUUCCGGUUCAUUCUGCGGAGGACUCAUUGGACAGUCUGCUACAUUCUAUAGUGCAGGAGAUCAAGUGAAACUUACCGUGUUUGUUCCUCCACAGGGUGCUGCUGGGCAGCCUAUUGUUCCCCGUCUCUAUUUGACUUACAGAUUUCUGAAAAAAUACGACGAAAAUGGUGCAAGGUUUUUGGGAAAAUCUCCUGGUAAUACGAAAUGCGAAGAAGUUCUCACAGAUUGCCACUUAGAGGACUGCAUAAUACGUUCACCAAAUUUUCCAGGUUUUUAUUUGCGUAAUUUGACGUGCUUUUAUUGGAUACGUCAAGAAACAGCUCCACCAGGCAGAUUAGCUCAAAUAGAACUGUUUCAAGAUAAUGAAUUUAAAAUCAACAUUCCUACAGGACACACCAACACUGAUCGUUAUAAACCGGGAACCAUCACUGCUGAUUGUGCAGCAGAUGUAAUAAAAGUGUUUGAUGGAAGAACGGUGGAUUCCCCCCUACUGGCAGAGUUUUGCGGAGCUGGACCUUUGCCAAGCAUUCGAUCCAGUGGACCAGAUUUUCUUGUGCAACUCGUAAGUGUACCAUCACAGCAGUUGGCUAACUCACAUUUUGAGCUAUCCGUGAGAGUGCAUUUUGUCUUGAACUCAGCUGCUUUCCGAAUCCCACCGGAAGGAUGUGCUGUUACUGUUGAUGGAAGUCGGUAUCCUGUUGGAGUUUUGCAAAUUCCAGAUCAUUCUGUGCCUGCUGGAACUAUCUGCACUUACCGUGUGUUAACGCAUCGACCAACAGAUUAUAUUUGGCUGUACUUCGCAUCAUACCACGUACCAGACUUGCAUCCAUGGACUGAAAGCGAGCAUUGUGAUGUUGGUAAAUUAGAAAUCUUCCAUCCAGCUCCAAAGCUGCGACAUGCGCAUCAUUACUCUCACUUUCAUCACCAUGAAUCAUCAGUUCUGUCCUCAUCGGAAAAGCAGAAUUCUUUGACUUUGAUGGAAACAUACUGCGAGAAGAAAUCUCCAAAGCAAUGUGGUCAUGCUUCGGAUUACUCUGAUCUAGUGCCAUCAAGACCCUGUUCUGUUCCUGAAGAAAGUUAUUUGAUUCCAGGACCUGAACUAAUACUUAAAAUGUCAUUUCUAUCAUCCACUGCUAUCAGAGACAGUGGAGGCCCAAACUUUGUCGCACGAUAUGAAGUAGUGCAAUCGGAGACUUUGCAAAAUGGUAUUGACGCAAACUCGUGCCUUGUUGUAGUGCGAAGUAGUGAUGUACUAAGUGGAGUAUUAGAAUCGCCUAAAAACGUUUUUCUAUAUGGUAGAGGAGGUUCUAAAGAUUUAGUCUGUAAGUAUGAACUUCUUGGCUCAGUGGACCAAAGAGUUCGUAUAAGUGUUGAUGAAAUAUACUUUUCAUCAAAGACGCUGUGCAAUACAAUCUAUGAGCCUGUAGUGCAAAGACAUGAUUGCAAAGUGUUUGAUUUUUCCAAGUUUGCAAUCGUAAAUGUAACUGAAAUCUGGCAAGAAUCGAAAGUUUCUAUUGGUUGUGUUUGUGAUUCUACCGCCAGGUAUUCUUUAGAAUCUAUCGGACCUAAUGUUGUAAUUGAUUUUCAUAUCAGGAAUAUGGGACCAAAAGACGACUUCAGGACGUAUAAAUUUCGCCUAACCUUCGAAUUUGUGCCUGUAUCUGGUUUAUGUGAUAUAGAAACAUCUAAAGAAAAAAGUGUUAUGAGUGGAUCAAGAGGACAGCUUAAAUUAAAUGCCAAAAGUGCUAUACCCUUUCGCUGUAGAUGGCUGUUAGCUGCACUUCCUUCAAGAGCGUUGUAUGUUACUAUCAAAGGAAAUGCUUAUGACAUGAGCUGUAAGAAUAAAAUUUUAUUCUACGUGCUGGAUAGCAGGACACCAUACAGAGUGUUUUGUGCAUCAGAUGGUGAUAACAUUCAAUCGUUUUUCACUGCUUCCUGGAAAUCUGAGUCAAGCCACCAUUUCCAACCAGAUUUGAACAUCGUAGAAUUCAUCUCUGGUGAACCAGGCAGCGUAGAACUAAGUUGGAUAGAAGUCAGAAGACCUGGACCAGAACUGUGCCCUAUUGAAUGUCCUGAGCUAGAGGCCUGCAUUGGCGAGGAUUUGGCUUGUGAUGGUGUUCACCAUUGUCCCGUUACUGCCAACGAUGAAUCUCCAGAUAGGUGUGUGCAAUAUCCAAUGAUGCUGAUAGCCAUAUCAGCUGCUGCAGUUGUAUCAUUGAUUACAAUGAUAAUUCUUGCUGUUAUCAUCAAACAUAGACUUUCUAGUGAUUCUGAUAAAAGUGUAAUACCACCACCAGAUAUGUACAGGAAUGAUUGCAAGCAACACUCAACGAAACACCCAGCGAGGUAGCAGUAUGCCGACAGGUUCUGGAAUACAGAGCCUUACAUACCGGAUCAACAAUUAGAACUGUAUCCGCCACCUUCGGAUUUUGGACCACCUAAUGCGGACACUAUAUUACGGAUAUUUUCCGAAACAAAAGUGUGAAUGAUAUUAUUCUGAGCACAAAACACGUCCAAAACUGUUUGUAUACUAAGUUAACAAAAUAUUGUCUCCUAUAAAUAUUGUAGUUAAAGAAAACAAUUGCCUUUGAUACGAAGAUUGAUUAUCAAUUUAUAUUUAAUGGUGCCAACACUGUAAUAGGAUUAUGGUGCAUUUUACGUGUGUCUUCAAAAUGUAAAGGCAUAAUUUAAAAGUAAGUACCAAUGGGAUUUCUACGAGUAGAUUUCCGGUUCGAUUCAAACUACCUUUAAGGAAAAAAUAUCACGUUUAAAUUCAUUUUAUGGCUUUAAAGCAUGGAUAAAAUAUAAAUCUGCCUAGAAAGUCAUUAGGAUUCUUUAAAUCCAGUUGCAUGAUAUUUUCUUGAAUAUUGGUGCAACGGUGAAAUUCUUCUUAGUAAUUUCUGAAGAAAGAGGUUGAAUCAUCAACCAUCAGUGCACCAAAACAUUUUGUCUUAAUUCCCUUUUUUCUACCAAGAAUCAUGGAUGCAUUUAUUAUGUUUCUUUUGUAUGGAUUUUUGUAUUUUUAAAUAUUGUUGGAAGCAGUGCUUUGAAACAUUUUUACGUGCCAAACAUUGUAAUACUUUUAUACAAAAAUUUCUUUUGAUAACAAAUAAUUUUUUUUAAAUGGCAUUUUAAAAUGAACAUAUUAGACAACAAUGAAUGCGACCAUAAACAGUAUAUGAUUCCUUUUUUAAAGUUAUUGUAGCUUUCAUUAUGGUGGUAGUGUAAAAUGAAAACAGAAAAGAUAGUUUAUGUUACAAUUAUCAUUAAGUAUUAACAUAAAGAUACUUUGAAUUUGUCGCAUUUAUUACACCUAAAACACUCAAUUAUUGUGUUAUUUUUGAUUACCCUAUUUAAUUCAGAAAUCUUUAUUUUUUUAUCAUAGACCGUAUGUUAAUCCGAAUGUGCUUUGCUAUCAAUAUAAUUUUCGAUUACUAAACAUAUUUUAUUUUUACUUAACUUAAUAGCUUAAAAUUUAUAAUAGACAUUUCCUAUACAUGUUGAAAGACAUUGCUGUAAAAUAAUUGUUUACUUGUUUCCUUUAUUGACAGUUCUAAAGCAUAAAAAUUGUAUAUUAAACCGCGCAGAGCUUUCUUAUCUGCAAUACGCUCUCUGAAUUGUA